CGAUCAAGUGCUUCGUCGUACACAUCACCUAUCAUCCGCCGUUAAUAACUUCGCAUCUAAGUUAGCUCCAAAGUUUGAAGGGCCAUUUCUUGUUGUGAAGGUGAUUUCACCAGUUAUUUAUGACCUGAAAGACCGGUCAGGCAAAGAGGAUGUCAGAGAGUCUGCAUAGUCGCUGGGCAGCAAUCCGGUGGGGAGAUGAGGUGGUGUACGAGCCACGAAGCUCAUCACCGGAGACAAUACCGGAAGUACCGGUGUUAAGGAGGAGAACAACGACGGAGAUGCGGAUGCCCAGAACCCCCCAGAGCUCGGUAUCGUCAGUGCGAGGGAGAAACACCCUAGCAAGAGUGGAGAGGGUGGUGAAACGGACCACUACACAGUCUACACAAACACCCCCUUUGUGCCAGCUGCGUACCAAUCAAACCACACCAGCCCCCAGGAGCGUUCGUAUUGUAGGUACGAUGGGAAAUAAGGUCUACCUGGAGGUGAGACCCAACACUUGCUGGAAGUGCGGCAAGACAUGUCCCUCGCGGCAGGAGUGUCGAGGUCGACCACUCCUAUUCUGCAGCAGAUGUGGUUUGAUAGGUACGCAGACAAGGUACUGCGAAUGCGUACCCAGAAAACUGGCCCCACGGCCGACAGCAACUAGGUUGGAACAACUAGCCCUGCGUCCGUGUGCAAGAUGCACAGAGAGGGAAGCCACGCAGCGGAGAGAAGAGAGAGCAAGAAAAUGAGAUAGAAUUAAAAAGAAGAUACCGUUGUUUUUGUUCCAUAAUCCUGUAAACUGUGUAAAACCAUAUAGGGCCUAACCCAAUAUCUUAUAACAUUAUAUUCAAGACUAGUAGACUGAUUUUUAAUAUGUAAAUGUUGAUGAAACCGAAUAAUACAUAAUAAGUCAGCGAAUAUUAUGCAAUAAAAACAAUUCCAGUCACUUGCCCCGAAUUUCAAAGGCCGUCAGAUAUAAAUUAGUAGUUUCACUGUGUAAUCUAUUUGAAGAAUGCCAUUUCUAAUCUCUUACUGUUCUGAUAAAUAACUGAAAUAUUCCGCAGUGUUACAGAUGAAGUUUUCUAAGAGGCUAGAUACUCACCGAU